AGGUUUUUGUAUUAAUUGGCAUUUGGUAAAAGUGGGUAGCAUUACAUUGGGAUAUAAUAAACCAGUCUUAGCUCGACGCCCGUGUUUAAUUCACGACUCCCAAACUGCAUACCUUGACAUGGCGCAGCCGGUACCUAAGUGAAAUUAUAUUGAGAUAAAGUGGAUUUCGUUGUUUUGUGCGGCUAAUAAAUGACAAACGGUGAAAGUGAGCAGUUUGCCGAUUCUUAGGGAGGAUAUCGUCGUCAUUUCUUUAACAAUGGAGUCAGUUUUACAACCACCGCCGCCAUUCUCGUUUGAGAAUAAUCUAGUUAAUGUGACAUCCGGAAAUUUAAGUGCUGAGUGGGACAAUUGGAAGAAAUCUUUUAAAAUCUAUUACGAAGCAUGUGAACUUUCGACGAAACCUAAAAAAGUGCAAGUGAAUAUAUUGUUGCAUGUCAUCGGAACCAAAUGUCGUGAAGUGUACGAGCAAUUUACAAACGAGGAGACGGAUACGGUGGAAGACUUGCUAAGAAAGUUUGACGCGUUUUUUGUUCCGGUAAAAAAUUUGGCAGUCGAAAGGCAUAAAUUUUUUAAAAGAGAUCAGAAGGACUUAGAGUCAACCGAACAGUACAUUUUUGAAUUAAAUAAAAUAGCUGCCAAAUGCGAGUUUGGAGAAUUGCGUGAUGGUUUAGUGUGUAGCAGGUUCAUAUGUGGUGUAAAAGAGGUGACCCUUUCGGAACGGAUGUUGAGGGAACCGGACAUUUCAUUAAAGAAAGCAAUCGACAUAUGCAAGUUAGCAGAGAUGUCUAAAAUACACGCAUUAAAUAUAAAGACAAAUAGUGUCGAACAGCACGUACACGAAGUUUCACAAAACAAUAAUCAAUCCGGAACUACAACCUGUGACGUGCAUGUAGUUAACAGACGUUAUGCCUCAGCCGCUAUAAAUCGCCCGCGCUGGCCGUCUCACACACCGAUGCGAUCAAACGCGCCCAGCGGGGCUCGGGAGCAUCAGACAUAUCACACCAGAUCUUCAUUUUAUACCCCUAACCCCAGAGAGAAGACGUUUAAUCUUCAUAACAAUCCAUCACCGCAAGCAACGUCAAGUGAACCGCAGAGAACUUUUAACGGCUGUAGUAAUUGCGGUCAUGCGCACAGAAGGAUGGAAUGCCCCGCGUUCGGAGUACGGUGUAACAAUUGCAAUCGGAUGAAUCACUAUGCGAGAAUGUGUCGAUCGUCGCGUCGCGUGUACGAAAUACAGGAGGACUCCACCGAUCAGGUAAUCGCUCAAGUUAAUAAUGUAAACAGUGACUGGUCAGUAAAUUUAGAGAUAAACAAAGGGUGUAUCACUUUUAAGCUAGAUUCUGGAGCGGAUGUUAAUGUAUUGCCUAAAAGAUUUUUAAGUAAAAUCCAGUUGUCAACUAAUGAUUUAACUAAAACGUCAACAAAGUUGCAUGGCUAUUCUGGGAAAGAGAUUAUCGUAGUGGGAAAAUGUUAUUUAAAAGUAGCUUACAGGGGAAAUACACAUUUUUUGAAGUUUAUAAUUGCCGAUGUUAAUUCGUGUCCGGUACUUGGCAGGAGUUCAUGCGUGGAAUUAAAUUUAGUUAAACUAAUUAUGUCUAUUAAUGAAAGUUCUCCAAGUGAAAAAAUAUUAGACGAAUUUUUAGAGGUUUUCGAGGGUAUGGGUUGCUUGCCAGGGGAAUAUAAAAUACAAUUAAAAAAUGACAUUUCCCCAGUAGUCCACGCUCCGAGAAAGCUACCGUUGGCAUUAAAAGAUCAGAUAAAAAAUAAAUUGGAUGAGAUGGAAGAGGAAGGUAUUAUUUCAAAAGUAGAGGGCCCCACAGAUUGGGUCAAUAAGUAGUAUGACGGUAGUCAAAAAACCAAAUGGUGACUUACGUUUAUGCCUGGAUCCCCGCGACUUAAAUAAAGCAAUUAGGCGUGAACAUUUUAAACUGCCAACUUUUGAGGAAAUUACGGCGGAGUUGUUAGGUGCGAAGUAUUUUAGCACAUUAGACGCGAAGCAAGGUUUCUGGCAAGUAAAACUCCAUCCAAGUAGCACAGACCUUUGUACUUUCAAUACGGUAUUCGGGAGAUAUAAAUUUUUAAGGAUGCCUUAUGGAAUCUCCUCGGCAUCUGAAAUAUUUCACAAACGGUUGUAUAGUCAUUUUGAUGAUAUAGAGGGUGUAGUAUUAUUUGUUGACGACUUGUUAGUGUAUGGUCCAACUAAGGAAAUUCAUGAUCAGAGAUUAAGAGCGGUGUUGAAUAGAUGUAAAGAUAUUAACAUAAAAUUAAAUAAGCAAAAAUGCAGAAUCGGCUUAACUGAAAUAAAAUAUCUUGGCC